GAGGGCCAGGGUGGCGCCGGAAAUGGGCAAGUUCAUGAAACCCAGGAAGGUGGUGCUGGUCCUGGCUGGACGCUACUCUGGACGGAAAGCCAUCAUUGUGAAGAACAUUGAUGAUGGCACUUCAGACCGUCCCUACAGCCAUGCUCUGCUGGCUGGAAUUGACCGCUAUCCCCAAAAAGUGACAGCUGCCAUGGGCAAGAAGAAGAUCACCAAGCGAUCAAAGAUCAAGUCUUUUGUAAAAGUUUAUAACUACAAUCACCUCAUGCCCACAAGGUACUCUAUGGAUAUACCCUUGGACAAAACUGUUGUCAACAAGGAUGUCUUCAGAGACCCUGCUCUUAAACACGAGGCCCGACGGGAGGCCAAGGUCAAGUUUGAAGAGAGGUACAAGACGGGCAAGAAUAAGUGGUUCUUCCAGAAGCUGCAGUUUUAAGUGUUUUUGUUGCAGUCAUUAAAAAUAUUAAAAAAAAAAAAAAAAGAAAGAAAGAAAAUUAGAAAAAAAGCAAAAUGAACCAAAAG